AUGUCACUGACUUCUGCGCUCCGUCCCGUCAACUUAACAUUUGGCGCAGGCUCGAAACCGGAGAAUGCGUUCACCAACAGCCAGCAGACGCGGCGAUUCCAACAUGAAACCAGCUACCUCAACCUGCACCGAACCCUCCUUCGCUUCCAGCAUCUGAUCCUUCUCAUUCCUUCGCCGUACUCUCACGGCUCCGCCGAGUUGACGCCUCUACAAAGACAGAUUCAAGCCGAACUCUGGUCUCCGCUGCCCUACCACCGCACGAAAUGGCUGCAUAACGUAGAAGGAGCGCGGACUCUGCUGUUACAGCUGGAGCGGAAGGCGCAAGCAUUAAGAGUCCAGCGAACGAAAUCAGAAGCUAUCAAGGACUUAGCGGAGAAAAGAGCCAUCAUAAAGAGACUGAAGAGCCGAAUUGAAGAGAUUGGGAGCGAGGUCGAACUGAUGGAUACUGAGUCCUGGAAGGCGCCUGUGGCAGAUGAUGAGGAGGGCGAGACUCUAUUUGAUCUGCUCCAAGAGCAGGCCCGUGGUCGUGGUGAGCAGGGAGACCAGGCCAGGCAGGACGACAUGCUACGAGAAGGAAAGCCAGUUGUACACGUGGAAGAAGAACCGGCAUCAGGAAGGCAGAAAAUACAAAAAGAUGAGCGAGAGGCACUGUUUGCUUCGUCUACGGUGCGGCGAAGAGGGAAAGAACAGCCAGAGUCGGCCACGAAAUCGGAGGCGCAGACGACGGGGUUCUCGAACAUACAAUCUACGGAGCGGUCCUUAUUGGAUUCGUCUCGGGCGCAGGAAGACAUCUCGUCGUCGAUGGUCAAUCUUGCGGUUCAGUUGAAGCAGCAAGCGCAGGCCAUGCAAUUUUCUCUGCAACAGGACAAAGGAAUCCUUGGACGAGCAUUGGAAGGGUUGGACGCCAGUGUCACCUCGAUGGAAGCGGCCAGCAAGAAUCUGGCCUUCUUGACGCGAAUGAGUGAAGGGGAGGGUUGGCUAGGAAGGAUGAAAUUAUAUGCCAUGAUAUUUGGCAUGUGGAUUUUUGCCUUUCUGUUGGUGUUUGUUGGUCCAAAGAUCAGGUUCUGA